AUGGAGAACAUUGACAUUGACUAUUACGAUAACACUGUUAAUGACAUUGACAUUGACGAUUAUGAUAUCAAUGAUGAUGACUAUGACUUUGACUAUAACAAUGACGCUGUCGAUGACAUUGACAUUGACUAUUACGAUGACGCUGUCGAUGACAUUGACAUUGACGAUUAUGAUAUCGAUGAUGAAUACUAUGACUUUGGCUAUAACAAUGACGCUGUCAGUGAGAUUGACAUUGACUAUUACGAUGACGCUGUCGAUGACAUUGACAUUGACGAUUAUGAUAUCAAUGAUGAUGACUAUGACUUUGACUAUAACAAUGACGCUGUCAGUGACAUUGACAUUGACUAUUACGAUGACGCUGUCGAUGACAUUGACAUUGACGAUUAUGAUAUCAAUGAUAAUGACUAUGACUUUGACUAUGACAAUGAUGCUGUCGAUGACAUUGACAUUGACGAUUAUGAUAUCAAUGAUGAUGACUAUAUAUAUGAAGUAUCUACAUAG